AUGAAUGAGCUCUCCAAAGUCCGCAAUGAGUUUUACAGAGAAACUGGAUUUCCGGGCGUUAUUGGUGUGAUUGACUGUACACAUGUGUCAAUUGUUCCCCCUUCAAGUAAUUUAAAUUUGAACGAGAACCAAAAUCCUGAACACAUUUAUGUUAACCGAGAUUCGGGUUACCCUUUACGUCAGUGGCUGUUAACACCCAUAUCAAAUCCUACCACAAACGCAGAAGAAUAUUUUAAUAAAAGACAAAUGUCAACCAGAAGCAUUAUCGAACGGUGUAAUGGACUAUUGAAAAUGCGAUUUAGAUGCUUAUUAAAAGAUAGGACAUUACAUUACAAACCUGAGAAAUCAACUGCCAUUAUAAAUGCAUGCACAGUCUUACAUAAUAUGUGUAUUAAAAACAAUGUUCCUAUGCAUGACGUUGAUGAUAUUGAAGAAAUUGGUGAUUUGGGAAUGAUGGAAGAUCAAGUAUUAUUAGCUGAUAACAAUCGAAAUACAGAUCUAACUCUUGGAAGACAGCAGAGGGAAAAAAUUGUUGGAUAUUUAUAUAACAGAAAUAAUGUAUUAUAA